GCUAAUUGAGCUCUCGAGUUACUUUCACUGAAGCGCCUGCCUUCGGGUUGCGUCAAUAAAUUCGCCAACGGAGAAGCUCUACCUGGAGACGUGCGUGGAUCAAUCUGCUACCUGCCACCGUGCCUUGCGCCUUGUGCCUUAAAAGUCCCCUGCACACGCACUGAUUGCAUCAUUUGGCCUCUGACAAGAGACGGAAGACGAGAGAGCAUUAGAACAGCGUUUCGAUUUGAAUAGCAACGAGCAGAGCAACGAGCAGAGCAACCCAGCAUCUCAGCAUCCAAUCCAAUCGCACGGCCAGGAGACAAUGUCAGAAAAUACGAGAAACAACCCAACCCGAAAAGGGGAGGAGACCGUGAGCUAUGCCCUGUACUUGCACCGCCAGGAACUGGGGCGCCCCAAGCGGCGUCUGAUGCGCAUUGCCGGCACCAAGCUGCAUCUGACAAACGAGCUCAUCCUCCUGCAGCAGCGGCGUCAGUGGGCGGCCGAUAGUCCCGCGGAGCUCGUCUACCAGCAGAGGAGUGCCCUCAAUCGGGAGAGCAUGUACCGCGACCGGCUCUGGCGCAACAUGCAGCGGCAGCUCGAGAAGCAGCAGCACCGCCAGCGGGUGAAUCUCCAGCAAAUGGGAAAGCUAUAG